AUGUCUUCGACAAUCAUCAUAGUCGGCGGCGGCAUUGUCGGCUCUGCCCUCGCCCAUUUCCUCUCCUCUUCCUCCUCCUCAUCUUCUCGCCGAAAAAUAAUCCUAAUAGACAACUCCCUAACCCCCCUCCAAGGCUCAACUGCCCACGCACCAGGUUAUGUCGGCCAAUUCAACGAAUCCUCCACCUUGACCCGUCUCGCCAUCGACAGCGUCGCCGAAUACGCCAAAAUUCCCAAUGGAUUCGAAGUGCUCGGUGGUAUCGAAGCGGUAGCUACACAGGAGGGGAUCUCGAGAUUGCAAACCAGAUGCGACGCGGCAGUCCAAAGGGGUUUAUCGGCGAGAAUCAUUACACCCGCCCAGGCGGCAGGAUUGGCGCCGGAUUUGGUCAGACAGGAUGAUAUACAAGCUGCGCUGUAUUUUGCGACGGAUGGGGUUGCGAAUGCUACUGCGAUUACGGCGUUUUAUCAGCAGCAGGCAAGGAGGAAGGGGGUUGAGUUUGUCGAGGGUGUGGUUGGAGGGAUAAGAUAUGGUGAAGACUGGGAAGUGGUUGGUGUGGAGGUUGAAGAAGUUGUUAAGGAGGACAGCAACGAAGUAGAAGGGAAUGAUAGUCAGACUGUGAAGAGAAAGGUUACGAGGAUCAUCGAAACGAAUACCCUCAUCCUAGCAACCGGAAUAUGGACCCAAGACCUCUGCGCGGAUCUCAAUAUCCCCAUCCCCAUCAUCCCCGUCGCGCAUCCAUACAUGUACAUCAAACACGACCGUCCGGCCGAUGACGACACCUCAUCUCAGAGCAACAUAUCACCUCGCUCAGGAACAUUACUUUCUCCUUCAGGAUCACUGUCUUCUUCUUCAUCGCCCUCACCAUUAUCAAACACAACCCAAAAAUCACCUCUCUUCUCAAGACUAAACAACAACAACAACAAACCAAGCCCCUGGGUCCGCUACCCAGAACAUCAAGUCUACGCCCGCGAUCACGGCGACUUUUAUGGCGUCGGAACUUAUGACCAUGGUCCAGCCAUGUACUGCGAACCAAGCGAUCACGUCGCUAUCGGGCCGUGGCACGAUGAGGUAUUUACUUCUGCACUGGAGAGAGCGAAAACCCUGAUACCGAUUUUGGCAACUCAUGACGGCGAAAAGGACCCAUCCAUGGUGGGAAGAGGAGUAGGAGGAGGAGGAAGAGUAUCAACUGCAAUGCCAGAGACAAAGUUUAACGGUCUGUUUUCCAUGACACCUGAUAAUCUGCCGUUGGCUGGAAAGGUGGAUGGGAGAAAGGGGUUGUAUUUGUGUGCGGCUGUUUGGGUUACGCAUGCCGCUGGAGCGGCUAGGUUUGUCGCUGGGUUGGUGGAGGAGAAGGAAAGGGCAGACAACGAUACUGUGAGAGACUUGGACCCAGGGAGAUUUCGGGGGAGGGCGUGGGGGGAAUUGAAGGAACAGUCUCUCAAGGGGUAUAGUCAGAUUUAUCAUACUGGUGAAAACUGA